UGCACAUAUCAUCCAGGUGUGCCAGUCUUUCAUGAUGCUCUCAAAGGUUGGUCAUGUUGUAAGAGAAGAACAACAGACUUUUCUGACUUCUUAAGCAUUGUGGGCUGUACAAAGGGUCUCCAUAACAGUGAGAAACCUCCUGAGCCUGUCAAACCUGAAGUCAAAACUACCUCUGAACGAAAGGAGCUAGCUGAACUGAAACCCAAAUUUCAAGAACACAUAAUUCAGGCACCAAAACCAUUGGAAACAAUUAAAAGGCCAAGCCCAGAUGAGCCAAUGACAAAUUUGCAGCUGAAAGUGUCAGCUUCCUUGAAGCAAGCACUAGAUAAACUGAAACUGUCAUCAGAAAACGAAGAGAAAAAAGAGGAAGACAGUGAUGAAAUCAAGAUUGGGACGGCAUGUAAAAAUGCAGGCUGUUCAAAAACAUACGAAGGACCACACAGCACAGAAGAAGUAUGUAUAUACCAUUCUGGUGUACCUAUAUUCCAUGAAGGGAUGAAGUAUUGGAGCUGUUGCAAAAGAAAAACAUCUGACUUCAAUACAUUUUUAGCUCAAGAAGGCUGCACAACAGGAACACACGUAUGGACUAAAAAGGAUGCAAAAGUAGUUCCAUGCAGGCAUGAUUGGCACCAGACUGGAGGAGAAGUAACUAUUUCUGUAUAUGCUAAAAACUCUGUUCCUGAUCUGAGCUACGUAGAAGCAAAUAGCACAAUGUUAAAUAUCCAUAUUGUAUUUGAAGGAGAAAAGGAAUUUCAUCGCAGUGUGAAAUUAUGGGGAGUAAUCGAUGUAAAGAGAAGUUAUGUGAACAUGACGGCUACAAAGAUUGAGCUUACGAUGAGAAAAGCAGAGCCCCUAUUAUGGGCAAGUCUUGAAUUACCGGUAUCCAACGCACAACAAAAAAAAGAAAAUUCAGAUCAAUAA